GUUUCCAGCAUCCUUCCCUUUUUGCCCUCCUGCAGGUCGGGAGCCGCAGGGUUAUCCAGUAUGGGGCAGCCUUCAUGCUGCUGCUGGGGAUGGUUGGCAAGUUCAGCGCCCUCUUCGCCUCGCUGCCCGACCCCGUGCUGGGUGCCCUCUUCUGCACUCUCUUUGGGAUGAUUACAGCUGUGGGUCUGUCUAACCUCCAGUUCAUAGAUCUGAACUCCUCUCGGAACCUCUUUGUACUUGGCUUUUCCAUUUUCUUCGGACUUGUCCUUCCAAGCUAUCUCAAACAGAACCCACUGGUCACAGGAAUAGCAGGCAUCGACCAGGUGCUCAAUGUCCUCCUCACCACAGCCAUGUUUGUCGGCGGCUGCGUUGCGUUUAUUUUGGAUAAUACCAUUCCAGGAAGCCCUGAAGAAAGGGGAAUACGGAAAUGGAAGAAAGGGGUUGGUAAGGGCAGCAAGUCACUGGAAGGCAUGGAAACGUAUGAUUUGCCUUUUGGCAUGAACUUUAUUAAAAAAUACAGGUGUUUCAGCUUCCUGCCCAUCAGCCCAACCUUCAUGGGUUACACGUGGAAAGGCUUCAGGAAAAGCAGUAGCUGCAGGAGUUCAGACGAAGACUCGGAAGCUACAGUAUAGCCUUAGCUGAAAUUCUAUUAUCUAGUUGUAGUAAAAGAUGUAUUUGCAGUUUCUUGCUGAUUAAGAAGCAUUAAAAUAUAUGUUUUGUAUAUCUGCAUUUAAAUUCUGGAACCAGAGCUGAGACAGAUUU